AUGUUAGUAUUUUAAUUUAAAACGAGUUUUAUAUGAACUUGGUCCAGUAAUUUAAUUGUUAUAUUGUUUUUAUGCGUAUGCGAUUUAAGAAAUGAGUCCGGUAGCACGUUCUUGUUUCUUAAAAUGUUUACUGGAUACCCAUGCGCCUAUUAAAUUGUUCCACAAUGUAGAAACAACAGUCGGUCGUAGUAAAUUAACAAAAAUUAAGGACCAGGCUUGUUCUCGUCAGCAACUAUCUCUGAAAGCCGACUGUGAAGAAUGCAUAGUUGAAGUAAAACAGCUGGGAGUGAACCCCUCCGGUCUUGAUGGGUUUGCUUUAACAAGACAUCUAGAAUAUAAAGUAGAACAUGGCUCCAGGAUUGAAGUCUUGCUAAAUAGCUAUAUCCAUGUCAUAGAGUUCGACCCGCCACCGGACAACUGUGAAAAACAAAAGCCGGGUGCCAAACGAAAACUAGAAGAGGAUGAAGAGUCACCAAGAAAGAGAAAAAGCUUCAAACUAGAUCCUGUUUUAGAAGUCUCUAAAAAAAUAAAAUCAGCUAUGGAAAGUAUUUGGGAGGAGAUUGACAGAGGUGAACUCUAUGUGUUCACUUCAAAAGGUGUCAAAUCUAGCCAUAAAAUAGCAGCUUUUGACAUGGAUGGUACUCUAAUCAAGACUAAGUCUGGUAAAGUGCAUCCUGUUGAUACUCAUGAUUGGCAAAUAGCUUUCCCAACAAUACAGCAGAAGUUGAAAGAGCACUUAGAACAGGGGUACAAACUUGUGAUAUUAAGUAAUCAGGCACCAAUUGGUAAUGGGCGGGUUAAGAUUGAAGACUUCAAGAAGAAAAUUGAAAACAUUGUCACUAAGCUGGAUGUUCCUUUUCAAGUGUAUAUAGCUACCGGUAAAGGAUUUUAUAGGAAACCAACUACUGGAAUGUGGAAAGUUUUAUCAGAACAGAAAAAUGAUGGCUUGGAAAUAGAUAUGGUUGAAAGCUUUUACUGUGGUGAUGCUGCAGGCAGGGUUGCCAAUUGGGCUCCAGGGAAAAAGAAGGAUCACUCUAUGGCUGAUAAACUUAUGGCAGAAAAUCUUAACCUUAGAUUUUACACACCUGAACAAUUUUUUUUGGGCCACUCUAUUACUAAUGUACCUUUUAGCAAACCAGAUUUCAAUCCAAAAGAACUCAGUACUUCAACAUUCAAUCAAAAUUUAAUUGGCAAGGAUAAAGAGAUACUGGUUUUAGUUGGCUUUCCUGGCAGUGGAAAAUCGUUUUUGGCCAGGCAAAUCGAAAAUAAAUCUGGACACAACUAUGUUGCUGUAUGUAGGGAUGUUCUUGGGUCAUGGCAAAAGUGUGCUGCUGAGGCAACUAAAUUGCUUCAGCGAGGAAAAAGUGUAAUAGUCGACAGCACUAACCCAGACAAGGAAUCUCGCAGCCGCUGGUUGGCGCUCGCUAAAGAAAUGAAGGUAGACUGCCGAUGUGCCAAGAUGACGGCUAGCAUAGCUCACGCGAAACACAACAACAAAUUCCGAGAACUAAUGAAAAUCAACCACAUUCCAGUCAAUGACAUUGUUUAUCAUACUUACAAGAAUAAAUAUGUUGAUCCAUCCCAUAAUGAAGGAUUCAAAGAAGUGAUUGAUGUCCCUUUCACACCAGACUUCGAAGACAAGGAGGCAGAGAAGAUAUAUAGAAUGCAUCUGUUAGAAAAAUAAAAUUAUAAAUUAAUAUUGUUACUGCUUGCUUUGAAAUAAAACAAAUGUUAUGCAAAUCGAA